CGAAAGUGCAGAAUCACUCCAGCAUCCCCUUAACCGGUCGCAAAGUUUACAAGAUUACAUGAUCGAAGUUUGUAGUGAUUAAACCCGGUUAUUAACAUGACCAACUCUCACCAUGUAGUGGUAACAAAUGAGAGUAGAAAUAGAAACAUGGUAGGAAAAGUAUCCGUUGAUAAUAAAGAAUAUAAAGUUGACACAAACUGUGGUCAAAAGAACACUCAAAUUAUUAAUGAAAGGGAAUAAAAAGUAUAGAGUUAACCGAUUUCAGUGAAAAUAAAAUAAUAAAUAGCAGGUGAAAAAUCAUGUAGUGUCUUAAGUCAUAUAUGUAAGUAAAGACGCAAUAAAUUAAACAUACCGAUUAUAUUUUAACACACGAACAACCAUGUUGUACUUUCCCUCAUUAAUUUCGACUUUGUAAAUAGAAAUGUCAGACUUGAAGCAUGAUUAUGUCUUAGUGUCAGCGGCGAUACGUAAUAUUUCUACGUUGAAAUUUAUGGGGAAAUUUUGCCAAAAUUUUUUCCAUAAAAGUCAGAAUGCGAUUCGACAAAAAUAUCGCCAGAAGUCGAAGCAUCGCUAGUAAUGGAAUGUCAUAGGGUUCCUUAAAUCGCAUAGCUUAUCGCCACCCAUCGAUAGCGACAGCACCGCGAGCGGCAGGAGGAAUAGUGGAGGAGGAACGACAGGAGGCGUGGUAACAACGCGCACGCUCCACGUGACCCUGUCGUUUGGAAGGCGGGACUUGAGCAACGGGGCACACAACUACAACAAGCAGUAGAACCAGCCGGUGGUCAGCGACGUUCUCUCUGUCGUCGCGCGCGCGGGACACCUCGAGCUGCGCUCGUUGCACGUACAACACCUGCCGCGCGAUUAGGCACGCACGGUUCGUCCAUCCGUAACCCGUUCCGGGGCGACCUUUUUUUGAGGCUGCAAAUUUUGAGCAGUGCCUAUCCCCCGACCCGAAAAUCGGAGCAACAUCGGCAGAGCGCGAUCGCCCGGGCGCCGUCGGAAUCAUGCACGGGAAAACGAUUGACGAUAACAACAACAACGCCGAUAAUAAUGUCGACCUGUGAGUGAAUAUGCGCGCGGGAGAAUGAGACUCGCUCGUUCGAAGCGGGAGAACAUCCUCAGGAUCGCUGGAAGCGGACAACCUCGUCAUGAUGUUGGUUCCGCAAGAUAUCAUGGGUGGCCCAUCGAAGAUGCUGUACCAAAUGAACAAGUACUACGCCGAGCGCGUGCAGGCUCGCAUGGGCCAGGUGCAGAAGACCAUACGGGAGGUGUGCAAGGUCGUACAGGAUGUGCUCAAGGAAGUCGAGGUGCAGGAGCCACGCUUCAUCUCCUCGCUGACCGAGUGCAACGGCCGCUACGAGGGCCUCGAGGUAAUCUCGCCGGGUGAAUUCGAGGUGGUCCUCUACCUAAAUCAGAUGGGAGUCUUCAACUUCGUCGACGACGGCACCCUGCCGGGCUGCGCCGUGCUCAAGCUAAGCGAUGGACGCAAGAGGUCCAUGUCCCUCUGGGUUGAAUUCAUCACCGCGUCCGGUUACUUGUCGGCCAGGAAAAUACGUUCGAGAUUUCAGACCCUGGUGGCGCAGGCCUGCGACAAGUGUAACUACAGGGACUCGGUGAAGAUGAUCGCCGACACCACCGAGGUGAAACUACGGAUACGGGAGCGGUACGUCGUGCAGAUCACGCCAGCGUUCAAGUGCUCCGGCGUGUGGCCGCGAUCUGCCGCUCAUUGGCCGAUACCGCACAUCCCCUGGCCGCAUCCCAACCUGGUGGCGGAGGUCAAAACGGAGGGCUUCGACCUGCUCUCCAAGGAGAGCGUCGCGCUUCAGGGCAAGCAAUCGGCGAUGGAGGGUGACGCCUGGGUAUUGUCCUUCACGGAAGCGGAAACCAGGCUGCUGCAGGGCGGCUGUCGCCGAAAGUGUCUCAGCAUACUCAAAACCAUGAGGGAUCGACACCUCGAGCUGCCCGGAAAUCCAGUCACCAGCUACCACAUGAAGACAUUACUGCUGCACGAGUGCGAGAAACAUCCCCUCGAGACCGAAUGGGACGAGGGAUGCCUGGCCGAUCGUAUCAAUGGCAUCUUCUUGCAGCUGAUAUCCUGCCUACAGUGUCGGCGGUGUCCGCACUACUUCCUGCCGAAUCUCGAUCUCUUCAAGGGAAAGUCACCUAGCGGUCUGGAAAAUGCUGCGAAGCAAGUCUGGAGACUUACGAGGGAGCUGCUCACCAACAGCCGCGCGCUGGAGAAGCUUUAGCGUCCUUCUGCUCGAAAGCACGCGAUGAAAAAAGAACACGCCCGAUGACAAGAGGAGGGAAAGGCGAUGACACGUGUAACACGAGUUUCGAGGACGUGUUUACCGCAUGAUAUUACGUGCUUCUUCGAUACCACACGCGAACAGUAUUGUAGUUAUUAUUAUUACUUAAUACACGCUUGUAUCAAGGGGCUCGGUGCAUUGUUACAAAUAACUCUCGACAUGUAAGCCAUUUCAAAUCGUACUUGUUUUCCUUCAAUAACAAUCGCGAUUCAAUGAGCAAUAAUGAUCGUCGAGUAGAUAGUUCAGACUUCGAAGUUUCUUUUUCCAACAUUCAAACAGUCGCAUGGAAAUCAAAUGGGCAUAUAAUUGAAAAUCUAGCCAUAGCUACUUUCUAUAGCUAUUGUAUUUGACUUGCUCCAAAUUCCAAAAUUGAUUGUAUUAUUUAUUGCAAUUAAACAUUUCGUUCGUCGAAUGAAAUAAGAUCAAGUCUCUAUGUUAUUAGAAGAGUCGUGAAAUAAACCAAAUUGAUUUCUUGAUCGUUUAGCAAACUAUAUAUGCUUGACUGUCGAAGUCGAAUGAUAUCCACUUAAGAUGGAAAUCAAAUUCACGUAAAUUAUAAAAAAAAGUUGAAAGAACAAUAAGGGAAAGUAUACAAUCAACUAAACUAUCUAAAUGUGUUACGAAAAGUAUAUAUAUACUCUACUGAUUUCGUUUUGUUUUUACGUUUCGAUUUUUUUCGAAUUUUAUAUAUUGAGUUUUACUUCGUUCAAUAUAAAAUGUGCAAUUAAACUUAUGACACCCAUGCGACUAGAUAAGUGCUAAGUAUGGCACUCGAUAGUUAAUAUAAAACAUGUUACAACGUAUAUGGGUUGUGCAAUUGAUUCUGUUGAAAUAGAAUAUUUUGUAUAGCUGUUUAGUGCGAAAUAACCACUUUGUCUCGAUUAUAAAACAACGAAAUGUCAAAAUUGUAAUAGCAAUAAGAUAGAAAAGUAAAUUCCGAGGACAAUGUUCUCCUAAAAUUUAGUGAUACUCCGCAUGAAACUGCAUUGACGAAUGAACGUUAACACUUGGAACAUUUUGAUGAACUAAGGGUUAUAUUCGCAUUUUAGAUUAUUUACGAAACAUGUAAACGUAUAAAAUACAUAUGUAAUACGUUUCGAUUAACUAUCAUUGCAAUUAUCCUUUUAUUUAAGCAAAAUAAUGUGAUUUGUUAUUCUUAUUAAUAUUUAUAAUCGGUUAGCGAAUAAGCUUCCGGUAGUUAUACAACAUAUUGUUAUAUGUAUAUAUGUGGUAUACAUACUUCUUUUGUAUUAUU